AUGCCGAUUCAAGGCAAGCCAAUAAUACAGCAGAGGAUUCUACCAAGUCCUGUAGUGUCUAUCGACGCUCCACAUCACUUUCGGAACACUCCUACGCCUGGUGAUGAACACAACAACAUUAUCUUCAGUCCCUGGAAGGCGUUUGGGCCUUUUGUUGACACUAUACAGGACGGAGAAUUACUACCAAGUCAAGAUACCGUUGUGCUGCCAUCACCAAGACAUCGUGACAAUUCCAUGGACGAAGAUGCUACGGAUCCUAUGCCUACAGCAGAAACGUCUAAUAAGGUGGCGUCUAUUAGCCAAUUAUCCUUCAUGGUGAGGCCAGACAGCUUCGAGCGAGGCCAACUAAGAUUGACCUGCAUCUCUACUGUGCACUCAGUGUACAGUGAACAAGCGGAGCUGGUCAUCAAUGAAGAGAGGCCUCAAAUAGCAUCGGUCCUCGGGACAAGAGACGGAGCGGGAGGUAAGUUAGAGAUAGAGUUUAAAAGUACGACAGCCGUCUUGAAAAGAUGA